AUGGAAGCGAGCAAACCAAUAACAGGCGGUGCGUUGAAUUAUGGUCUGAAUGAUACCUCAAAGUUUUCGUUUUCACUUUUGUCACUAAUAACACCCGGUAUAUGCACCAAUACGGGCGCCGUGUACGCUUGCGGUGACAACAAGAGCGGUCAAUGCGGAGUGGGAACGAAUACUGCGCAAAUACUGAAGCCUACACGAGUCCGCCAUACUGGCGCUCCAAUCGUGAAGGUGGGUUGCGGUGCGGAGUUCUCAAUGAUUCUCGACUGCAAUGGCGCCCUUCAUUCCUUCGGCCUGCCCGAGUACGGUCAGCUGGGUCACAACACGGACGGGAAGUACUUCGUGACGAGCACGAAGCUUUCGUUCCACUUUGAGACGGUCCCGAAGCACGUCGCGAUGUUCUUCGAGAAGACCAAGGAUGGCCACGUGAUGCCCGUCAAGGACGUGGACAUUGUCGACUUCUCCUGCGGAAAUAACCACACUCAUGCUUUAUUCCGGCAUGGGAUAGCGAAUUGUGCCCUCUUCUUGUUCGGUCAAACGAAGCGCACUGGAGAGGCCAACAUGUAUCCCAAGCCAGUACAGGAUUUGCACGGCUGGAACAUCCGGAGCAUAGGGUGCAGUAACACCUCGAUUGUGAUCGCGGCGGACGACUCCGUUAUCGCCUGGGGCGUAUCACCCACCUACGGCGAGCUGGGCACAGGGGAGAUAAACAAGUCGACCGCGCGGCCCAAAGAGGUGACAAAGAUGGAGGGGCUGAAUGUGACCCAUGUCGCGAUGGGCUACUCCCACUCCCUGCUGCUCUGCGACGACGCCAACGACGAGGUCAAACAGAAACUGGAGACCGUACCCCUCUUCGAACCCUAAACACCACAAAAACACGUUCACUUUCAUCUUUUCAAUACAAUUUUUAUUCUAAUCAGAUACCUUUCUGAUACACAGAACUGUAACUGAACUGUGCGAUUAUCUAACGCUGGGCGAUUGUACAAAAUUAUCUUUUUAAAUUAUUGUAACUGAUGUAAACUUAUGUCCAUUUUGACUUUUUAAGCUAAAGUACAGAACUCUAGUAUGGAACUAACAAUAUAAUAAACGCGCACAAAUGGAGCGCGGCGAUCGGUUGUACUAACUGUCAAAGUGUUCAUAAUGAUACAACAUACUGUCACUAGAUGGCACUUAUGUUAAGCUUAUGCUGCUAGCGACGUCUAGUUACUCUAUGGCGAAAUAGAGUAACCCAAACGAC